AUGCCACGCGCUCGAUCCAGUGAGAGGAUUGUUGUUCUUCAAACAGAUGGUCGUGGAAACAUAUUAGAUUAUGAUGUUGUUGAUCGUCCUAAUCGGUCGAGUGCAACCGAAAAAUCGUCCCCAGUUAGGCGUUCAAGACGAUCAAAACAAUCAGCAAAAGUUAGUCAAACAGAAGCAAACUACGACGACGACAAAGAAGAAGAAGAACAAGAAGGAGAAAUAGAAGAGCAAGAAAACAAUCAUGAAGAUGAAGACAAUUAUGAAGUUCACAAUAGCAGAAAUGAUACAUCCUAUCUGGAUUCAACAGAUAGAAAAUCAUACCGGGAUACUGAGAGACGCCGAGACUCAUCACGACGACGCGUUCGCUACGUUAGACCUAAAUCGACUGUUAAAAUUUUUCAACGAAAAGUUGAUUGGUCUGCCAAUCCUAAGAUCGAUGCUCGAAAUGAUGAUGCUAUGGAAAAAAUUCUUAAUACUCCAAAGAAAAAGAUAUAUGAAGAAAAACUUUCGUGGAGUGGAAAACCAAAGAUUGAUACACACAAUGAAGAAGUCGUCGAAAAUAUUCUUCGAGCACCUAAACCUGAGAUAUACCAUGAAAAACCGACAUGGAGUGCAAAAUCGAAAAUUGAUACACGCAAUGAAGAAUUCCCUGGACAUCUUCUCCGAGCACCAAAGCCGCAAAUCUAUGAAGAAAAACUCAGAUGGCACGCAGAUUCGAAAAUUGAUUCGCACAAUGACGAAGCUAUUGAGCAAAUUAAAAGGACGCCAAGACCAGUUAUCUAUGAUGAAAGAUUUUCAUGGCCAUCUUUUCCUAGAAUUGAUCAUUUCAAUGAAGACUAUGCUAAAUAUAAACAACGUGACAAAAAUCUUCGAAGAGAAAAAUCCUUUGUUCAAGUUUUUCCACAGGAUUACACGUCAAGAAAUCAAGAAGCUCGUAUCGAUCAUCAUAAUCCAGACUUUGAGGAAUUUAGAAAACGAAAGAAAUCAGCAAAAUUACCUCCAAUUGAAGAUCGAAAAUUUGUAUGGAGCAAAAAACCACGUGUUAAUCAAAGAAAUGAUGCCUAUAUUGAACGAAUAAGACAAAAACGAUCAACGCCUAUGAUUUUUCGAGAAAAACUUAAAUGGGGUACAAAAGCGCCGAAAAUUGAUGCUCGUAAUGACGGAUAUGUUGAGAGUUUGAAGGACCAACCUAAACGUAAAAUUGUCAAUAAUUUACCGCGUUGGACUGCUCAACCAAAAAUCGAUGCACACAAUGAUUCGUACGAUCCAAAUUUUUUUCCUUCACGAUCGAUUGUUAAUGAGAAACUUCAAUGGUAUGCACGUCCGAAAAUCGAUACUGGUCUUGAACCAGAUUCUGCUGACGAAGAUGGUGAUGAUGAAGAGUAUUAUGACGAUGAUGAGGUGGCUGUUUAA